UCCUGCUGAGGCGCUAGGCCCUCUCUUGGAAGUCCUCUAUUUAUUUAAAUACCCCAGUUGCACCAGAGAACCUCUCUGUCGCUAUCCCCUUCUACCCUGCGUCCCGUGCUUAGGAUUACUUUUCCAGGUAACUUUCCUAGGCAAAUGGCUUAGUGAGGUAGUCCCGGUAACCUCCCAUACCCGACUGAGUCAUAUCGGAGCCCCCCGAAUUAGAUUUCCCUCUGUUACUGCUACUACAGUUAAAUUCCUCACGCCCCGGGUCAUUGGCCAGUCAUGGCCCCUGCCCCCGGUUCUGCCCAGCAAACGUCACUGCAGCCCGGUAUUUGGUUGUUAGAUGAUAUAAGAAUGCUGUACUCGGUAUUUUUACUCACACGUGGGUUUCCUGGAUACAUCUUACUUCUGAGCCAUUGGGGACCCGCCCGCCGAUUCUGCACUGCCCCCGAUAUGAAUAAUCUUUGUCACCACACGACCCUUUCAAUCUGCACACAUAGGAUGCGCGAGUCCCUCAGACCAUAUGUCUUCGAUAAAAUCCAUCCCCUUGUCUCGAGUCGCAUUUGGUCUCGUAUAAUAGUUCGCGGGCACUACGCGCGACAAGGCAAGGACGUGCAUAUCUCCUCCACGGAGAAAAAGGAUAAACGGUUCAACUGGCAGCGACCAACGGCGACAAUUCUGGAUGACGAGACUCUGGAGAUAUGCUGCUUUCCUGGGGAGGAUUAUGUACGACAUUAUUCCCUGCUGAUGGCAUACCAUCUGGCACUCAACGACAUCAGACAAUCCUCCGCGAUUGAGUGCUUUCCACCCUCCUCAGGCGAUACCAUGGGGAUAUUCGAGCGAUCGAAUCUUCGACUGAUGGGGAAGGUUGAUACUGUCGUGUUAGGGUGUGUGGAAUACCUAGUUCCUGGAGAAGAACAGGUUCCCUGGGAAACAGGAACCAGCGCGACCGAUCAGGUAUUCGCUUGGAAAGUGUUUCGCCGGGAUGAUGAGCAUGUGGUGUCCUUUCUUGCAUGUCUGGUUAGCCUUUGGGGGGAUACUCUGGGGACAGUGGUUCGCGCUCUUCGGCAGCUGAACGAUGUGUCCUGUGUUCUCUACAUGGGAAAAGCCGGUUCCUUGAGACCAGAAGAUACACCCAAUAAUGUGCUAGUGUCCGGGGAGGCCAGCUAUGUGGCUGGCAAGCAAAUCACAUGGGAUAACGUUCUCAAACCUGCAAUAUCAGCAGCCACAACUGCGAGGGUUUGUCAUGGAAUAAAUGUGACAGUUCCGACCCCACUUGUUGAGACUGACGCCUGGUUUGAACAGUGGAAGAGAAAAGCAGACUGGGUGGACUGUGAAAUUGGGCACGCUGCAGAGGCUUGUCAGGCAAACGAAAUAAAAUUCGGAUACUUGCAUUUAAUCUCGGAUAAUGUGGCACGAUACUACCCGCAAAACCUUGCAACAGAACGUCAGCCUACCGAGAGGCUGGCACGGAGGAGGAUGUUCCAACAAAUGCAGGACAUUCUAAGCUUACAUCUACAACUGGGCGACACUGCACCGGGGCCCGAAUGAGGCCAGAAUAUCACGAUUCGGGAGAUACAUUUAUAGACGCAAUUCCUCAAUGUUAGACAAAGGCGGCACUAAAUCUAUCUAUGUAGACUAAUUUCUGCCCUUUUUAUUACUAAUAUCUGUCUAGUCACGAUAACAAGGCAACAAACUGAAGUUUCCCGUUAAUUAACUCUGAAAGUCGCACAUGCUCCUCGAACAAACUAGGCUGAUCCCUCUCAAGCGUUGUACAUAUGCCGAAAGUGACAACUUGUGCAACGUUGAGCCCGUGACUCACUCUGACAUUGCUCGGCAAUAGCCACUCCAAAGCUGACCUAUACCGACC